CCUAGAAAGUAGAAGGUCUACAUUAUAGUAAAGUCACCCAAUAAUAUGCCAGCCCGCUGUUCAGAUUUUUUGAAGAUUUUAAUGGUUUACAUUGAUAUUUUGCUACCUUUGAGACAAAAAUCAACCUUAUCUGUGACAGUAUAUGCCUUCGUUGUUCUAUAAAUUGGUAAGCCCUUGAGUUGUUUAUUAUGCAGUCUUUCUUGUCACUCAAAUUAUUUAACCAGAAUUAAUUUCAGUCCCAUACGUUGACAUUGUUGUAUUGUUUUGAAUUGGGAAGUUGAAGUCUCGUGAGUCAUAGACCUAAUAUGAUUUGAAGAUCAGAGUGUAGUGUAGCUCCGUGGGUGGGGCUGCGGAGCUGAACUGACGAAGAGAUCGGGGCACAUUUUCUCGAAACUGUAGAAUUUAGCAAUAGAGUUGUGGAGCUGUGGAGCGGUCUCCCAGGAAACGUUGUGGCAGCUGGGUCGGUCAACUCGUAUACAAAUAGACUUUAUAGUCACUGGUCAAAGAUGUCCUGUACGUACAUGUAUGAGCCGGUCUAGCCUCUAGGUGUUGUCUGCUGUCUCAUGUUUUGCAUACAAUCUCCCUCCACAAAUAGCAGUAAAUAGGGAAGAAUCCUGGAUCGAUGAACCGGCUUAAACCUACAACAUCGUGUUAGUAGUCACGCACUAACUUUUGGUAGUUGAGAAAAUAUGGCGGAAAGCAGCUCACCAAAAGAUGAUGUUACUGAAAACCAAUCAGCACUCAUCAGAGAGAAAAAGCAGGAAAUGAUACUGAUGGAGCCAUACAACUACAUUUUACAGGUUCCAGGAAAACAAGUUCGAACAAAACUCUCAAGGGCAUUCAACUGCUGGAUGGACAUUCCUGAAGAUAACAUAAAAAAGAUCAGUGAGGUGGUUCAGAUGCUGCAUAACGCAAGUCUAUUAAUAGACGAUAUAGAGGACAGUUCCAAGCUUCGACGAGGCAUUCCAGUAGCACACAGUAUCUACGGUAUAGCACAAACCAUCAACUCUGCCAACUAUAUGUACUUCCUAGGACUUAAAGAAGUCAUGCAGUUUGAUCAUCCUGAUGCCAUGAAAAUAUUCACAGAGCAGCUAGUAUUAUUACAUCAAGGCCAGGGGAUGGACAUCUACUGGAGGGACUCCUACACCUGCCCUACAGAAGAAGAGUAUAAAGAGAUGGUCAUCAAGAAAACUGGAGGUCUGUUUGGGUUAGCUGUGAGGCUCAUGCAACUUUUUAGUGAAAACAAGAGUGAUUUCAAGCCUUUGAGUGACAUCCUAGGCCUGUACUUCCAGAUUCGAGAUGACUAUGCCAACCUCUGCUCCAAACAGUACACAGAGAACAAGAGUUACUGCGAGGAUCUCACCGAGGGGAAAUUUUCGUUCCCCCUCAUCCAUGGUAUCCGCAGUCAACCGGAGAACACCCAGGUCAUGAGCAUCUUGAGGCAGAGAACGGAAGACAUGGAUGUCAAGAAAUACUGUGUGGACCUCCUAGAGAAGUUUGGUUCAUUUGAAUACACAAGAAAGGUACUCUUCGAUCUAGAAAAGCAGGCAUAUGAGCAUAUAUCAAAUUUAGGCGGAAACCCGAUCUUGGAAUCCAUUUUAGAAGAGCUGGGAAAACUAAUCAGAAACCGGGAUCAAUGAUGCUUGUACAGCCCUAUGCUUCAAUCUUAACUUCCAUGAAUGUCUGCAAUGAUUUGCUGCUUGUGUAUUUGUAAAGUACAUUGUAUGUUUGUACACCAUGUCAGCGUUUCAUGAAAACGUCAUCAUAAGUACAAGUUCGCCGACCAGCCAUUCGAAUGCGUUUAUCAACACGUGUUACAAUCGGAUGUCGGUGAAUGUGUACUUAUAACAGUUUCAUGAAACGAUGCCUGUAUGUACAAAUGCAGUCACUGUAACAGCAAUUUCCAAAGCAUUUGAUGUCUGUAAGUUUUACCAUUGUUAACUGCAAACUUUGAGAAGAUGGUCAUUUAACUAUUAAACUACUUACGCACAAACUUGUAGCUGAUUAUUAUGCAGGGAUUGUGUAUAGUUUUGGACAGGUACAGGUAAACGUAUGCACAGAUGAAAGUGUCAAUUGUAAUAUCAUAUGCAUGCCUGCCUCAAAUGACCAGGGGGGUGUUUCACAAAGAUUUAAGUCGAACUUAACUCUCAGUUGGACUUAAACAUUUUAGAGAGCCAUUUGUAGCCUUAAAAUGAAAUAUA